AUGAAUUGGCCAUCAGAAGAAGAAACCAAAACUGAUUCUUUCGCUGCUCCCUCCAACGGUGAGCCCCGCAAGCGAUUCCGAGACAACGACGAAAACCAGAAUCGUCCCCGCUUCCCUCGCAAUCAAGAUGGCAAGCCUCACAUAAUUCGCCCAAGCCUCGCAGGUGGUUUACUAACCUACAAGCAAUUCAUGGAAAUGCAGCACGAACAAAUCCCGCCCCAAGAAGCCCAACAAAUUUAUGAUGACUACAAAACCAAAUACGAGCGUAAGCAUCUUGAAAUUUUCUUCAGCGAACACAACAACGAGCACUGGUUUAUCGAAAAAUACGACCCAAUUUUUUCUCAAAAAUGGCAAGAAGAGAGAUACUUGGACGCCAAAGUCUCCCAUACAGCUUUUAUAGAGCUCAGCAAGCAUAAUGGGUUUUCUGGGCUUAGAUUAAAAAUCCAAGAAAGCCCUGUUGAGAAGAUUUCUGGUCCGCCUUAUUUUGGGUUUGACCCGAAUUCUAUGACUUUAUUUUUGAAAAAUAUUCCAGUCAAUAUAUCAAGAUGGGACGUGCUGAAUGUGGUGAAAACGUCACCUGGGUUUGUGUCGUUGUCAAUGUCAGAGCCAUUGAAAACACAAGGGUUUUCAAGAUUCGCAUGGGUGCUUUAUGAUACUGAAGACCACUGCAAUGAAAGCUUGGAAUUGUUGACAGGAAGAGUGGUGACCCCAGACUUCAAGCUUUCCCCAGUCAAGUCACAAAGCGUGUCAAGAAAAGAGCUAAGGCUUCAGCCACCCCAGCAUCCUAGCUGCAUUGAAUUAGACUGAAAACAAAGCUCAAGAUUAAUUACCUUUAUCGACAGAGAAAAAGGAAUUAAUGAAAACCAGCUGCUUAUCACUGAAGAAAUGUUUGCAACGCUCUCAGAAGAAGAAAAAGAAAUGCAGCUUGAUUUGCAGUUGCUUUAUUUAAGAAGAGUCCAUGCUUUCUGCUAUUAUUGCCAAGAAGAAUACGAAGACGAAAGAAUGCUCGCUGCCAAAUGUGGCCCAGCCCAUAUAAGAACCACUUAUGAUGAAGCUGCUGCCCGCCCUGCUGAAUUUGACCAGAAAAUUGAAGAAAGGAUUUUAAGAAAAAACCCUGUGAAAAAAUAUGAUAAAGAUGUAAAAUUUAUUUAGAAUGACCCUGAGCUCCAAAAAAUGAUAAAGGAAUUUGAAACAAAAAACACCACUGAAGAAGAAGAAAAAAAGGUUAGGUGUAAUUUAUGCAAAAAAUUGUUCAGAAGCAAUGAAUUCAUGAAAAAACAUCUGCAGACCAAGCAUCAGGAGGAUUAUCAAUUGGUGGUGAAGGAAAGAGUCAAAGCUAUUACUUUGGAAAAUUAUUUGGCCGAUCCUGAUAAGCUGCAAAAUCAAAUACAAUUUGCUGGGGACAGAUUUAGAGGAAGAGGAAGAGGGGAUAGAGGGGAUAGAGGAGACAGAGGGGAACAUAGAGAAAGAAGUGACGGGGCUGACAGAGAAGUGAAUUUCCCAAGAAAGCGGCCAGUUCCUGAUGAACCUUAUGAAGAUUUAGAUGAUCCUGCAAAGCAUCCUAAAGGAAGAAGGGCUAUUGUGGAUUACAGCGAUAUUUAA